AUGUUAAUCAAAAUAAUCUUAGCUUUAGUCCACAUAAGUUUUGCAGUGAUUUUUGAUAUUUCAGAGUACAAAAUGCCACUUUAUGUACUUUCAGCCAUUUUGACUAUGAUUGGAAUCUAUAAUUCGAAUAAAGAAUUCGGAUUCUUAUUAUAUACCUUUAUCACAUUUAUCAAUACAUUUAUCAAAGGGUUUAUUUUGGAAGUAAGUAUAGAUCUAUUUGUAGAUGUAUUUGCAUAAUAGACAUUCAUUGCUUGAUCCAAAAUCAUUAAAAUUAGCAUCCUAUGUGUUUAUAAUAACAAUAGUUUUGGGGAAUCCUUUUGUAAUAAGAAGAAUAUCAAGUUUUCUUGAUUCUCAUUAUACUUUAAAAUUUGGAUUGAAUUUGUCAGAUAAGAUUUCUUAAUGUAUUACGCUAUCAAAUUGUUAUCAUCAUGUUUUAAGUUAAGCAAAUCCAAGUAUGUUUGAAUUGGGAUUGAUUACAACAGUUGGAUUCUCAAUAACAAAUUUAGUAAUCUAUUUUGGAUUGUUGGAAUCAAAAUCAUAAGGAGAAUCAAUAAAGAUUAUGCGAUAAUCAUUUAUAGAUAAUUUCAUCACUUAUUCUUUUGCAAUAACAAAUGUAUACCUCUGGAAUUUCCAUGGAAAACAAUUCCUUAAUGUUAAAUCAAACAAUGUGAAUGAUAUAAGAGUUGUGGUCAGUGUUUCAUUCAUAGUAAUUUAUAGUAAUUUAUAAUUAAAUAAUCAAUAGCAUUAUUAUCUAUGUUACAUAGUAAACAUAGUACACAUAGUAUACAUAAGGAAAAGGAGAAAAAAGAAUGAU